AUGUUGCCUAGAAGUAGAACUCUUCCUUCAAGAAUAUAUAAUGGUGUUGUUGAAGAGAGGCAAGACAUCAGAACCUACCUGCAGGUGGAAGUCCAACCAAAAGCUCGGCCAGAAAAUGAAGCAAUAAAUCUGCAAGUUAACUAUUCCAAGAGCUUUGACGAUGAUGGCAGACUGAAGAGAACAGGGACUUUCUGGACUGCAACAUCACAUAUCAUUACAGCCGUUAUUGGCUCGGGUGUGCUCUCAUUAGCAUGGGCUAUAGGACAGCUUGGAUGGGUUGCAGGACCUACUGUCAUGUUAGUUUUUGCUUUUGUAAUACUCUACACAUCCAAUUUGCUGUCCCAAUGCUACAGGUCAGGCAAUCCGGUCACUGGUAUAAGAAACUAUACAUACAUGGAUGCCGUUAAGGCAACCUUAGGAGGGAAGAAGGUCAAAAUCUGUGGAUUAAUCCAGUACAUCAAUUUAAUUGGUGUUGCAAUAGGCUACACAAUUGCAGCAUCAGCCAGCAUGAUGGCAAUAAGUUACUCAAAUUGCUUCCAUAGAAGUAAGGGCAAAAAUCCAUGCCACAUGUCAAGCAACGGAUAUAUGAUUGCCUUCGGAAUCAUAGAAAUCAUAUUUUCCCAGAUCCCUGAUUUCGACCAAGUAUGGUGGCUUUCCAUUGUUGCAGCAAUUAUGUCUUUCACAUAUUCCACAGUUGGUCUUGCCCUUGGCAUUGGGAAAGUUGCAGAACACAGAAGCUUCGAGGGAAGCCUAACAGGCAUCGCCAUAGGCACAGUAACAAAGGCUGGAACUGUAACUGCAACGCAGAAGUUAUGGAGAAGUUUGCAAGCUUUAGGUGCAAUAGCAUUUGCGUAUUCAUACUCAAUCAUCUUGAUCGAAAUUCAGGAUACUUUAAAGUCUCCUCCAGCAGAAUAUAAAACUAUGAAAAAAGCCACUUUGUUGAGCAUCAUCAUUACCACCAUAUUCUACUUACUUUGUGGAUGCAUGGGAUAUGCUGCCUUUGGGGAUAAUGCUCCAGGAAACCUGCUCACUGGCUUUGGAUUCUAUAACCCUUAUUGGUUACUAGAUAUAGCUAAUGUAGCCAUCAUAGUCCAUCUUGUUGGUGCCUACCAGGUCUACUGCCAACCACUAUUUGCUUUUGUAGAAAAAAGGAGUGCACAAAUAUGGUCAACUAGCAACUUUGUAACUGCUGAACAUGACCUACCUGUGCCUUUUUUCGGGGUGUACCAGCUGAAUUGCUUCCGAGUGCUAUGGAGAACUGCUUUUGUGAUUCUGACAACUGUCAUCGCCAUGCUCAUGCCAUUCUUCAAUGAUGUCGUGGGCCUACUUGGAGCUUUAGGGUUCUGGCCACUAACAGUUUACUUCCCAGUUGAGAUGUAUAUUGCUCAGAAGAAGAUCGGCCGAUGGACAAGUCAGUGGGUCGGCCUUCAGUUACUAAGUGCAGCUUGUUUACUUGUUUCACUAGCUGCAGCAAUUGGAUCAAUAGCUGGUGUUGUCCUUGAUCUACAAACUUAUAAACCCUUCAAAACUAAUUAUCCUUGAUCUCCAAAUUUAUAAACCCCUCAAGACCAAGUACUAUAAAGAGACAUGUACGUGUGAAGAAGCAAGUUUCAAAUACUAGAAAGGAGCAUACAUAGAUAGAUAGUGUGGCAAUUCGCUAAUUGUCUCUGCUGUUCAGAAAAUAAAUUUGUAACAAUCAUGUCGUCAUUAAGGUUUCCACCAGAAAGCAUGAAAGUAAGAUUUCAAUCGCAAAUGCAGAACUGAACACCAAAAAACUGAUGCCAUCACCAAAAAAAUUGAAACCCAAAGGAGAAAGUUUUAGCAUGGAGCUUCCUUCAACUACAAAAGUUCUCAUCAAAUAAACAAGAACGCCAUUCAAAUGCACAUCAAUCUCAAAACAGAUUGAAGACACUCAAUAUUACGUUCUUUGAAGAGGGAUUUGAGACUACAAUUCAAGAUGUAUUACUAACAAACUCUUUGAUGCAGAAUAACUGCUGCCGACUGAUAAAGGAUAAAUACUAAGCCCUAAAAACGAGCAACACAGUUUUUAACACAGAAUUAAAGCAUAUACAGAGAUGAGUCUAUUGUUACAAGUAAAACCUAGAAAGGGAUUUAUUUGCUAUAAUUAUUUUCCCUUCAGUUUUGCAGCAUUUGCUUUAACAAGAGAAGUAGGCUUUAUGGCGCUCUUGGGGUUGAGAGCUUUCCUGAUCUUAAACACAGCCCAGGCAGUCCCGAUAGCAUGUCCUGCUGCACCAAGCCCAUCAUGUGUCACCUCUGCAGCUUUUUCUCCAUACCUGUGGAGAAACAAAGAGGCGCAUUCAGAACAAUCUGAAAACAAAAUAAACGUAUGCUUCCAGGGAUACUGUGGCAAAUAUAUAUUUACACCAAGAGACCAAAAAAAUGAGCAUAAUUCUUAUUUGAACACC